AAACUCCCAUUUACACGUUUCUGAACUGGGAACAGCCCGGUGGCAUGGCGAGGGACCGCGCUCCCCUGAUGGCAGACUUCCGAAGCACAGCAGGCUCAACAUUUUCUCUUCCUAUUCGACAUGCUUUUGCAGACGGCACAAUAUGGAACUGGUCAGACUCCUAAUUAUGACAGUGGUCCGGAGCCAGAAUCCAAUCAUCCAGUUGACAAAGAACUUGGUACAGAGGACGGUGACCAGCUGUUCCCCAUCUCCAGCGAGCAGAGAGCUUAUGUACAGAAGUACGUUGUGAAGAAUUAUUUCUACUAUUACCUAUUCAGAUUUUCAGCCGCUUUGGGUGAAGAAGUGUUCUACAUCACAUUUCUUCCAUUCACUCACUGGAAUAUUGACCCUUAUUUAUCCAGAAGACUGAUCCUCAUAUGGGUGCUGGUGAUGUAUAUUGGCCAGGUGGCCAAGGAUAUCUUGAAGUGGCCCCGCCCCUUUUCCCCUCCCGUCGUGAAACUGGAGAAGAGAAUGAUUGCUGAGUUUGGGAUGCCCUCUACCCACGCCAUGGCGGCCACUGCCAUUUCCUUCACCCUCCUCAUCUCUACCAUGGACAGGUACCAGUACCCCUUUGGCCUGGGGCUGAUGAUGGCUGUGGUGUUCUCCACGCUGGUGUGCCUCAGCAGGCUGUACACGGGGAUGCACACUGUGCUGGACGUGCUGGGUGGCGUCCUCAUCACCGCGGUCCUCAUCGUCCUCACCUACCCUUCCUGGACCCUCAUUGAUCGACUGGACUCAGCCAGCCCCCUCUUCCCUGUGUGCGUCAUAGUGGUGCCCUUCUUCUUGUGCUACAAUUACCCCACGUCAGAUUACUACAGCCCGACCCGAGCGGACACCACCACCAUCCUGGCCGCCGGGGCGGGGGUGACCAUAGGAUUCUGGAUCAACCACUUUUUCCAGCUCGAGUCUAAGCCCCUGGACUCGCGGUCCGUGAUCCAGCACAUCCCCCCACUCACCGCCGACGUGCUGGUUUUGGGUCUGAUCAAAUUCGCCGUGGGAAUCAUGUUGGUCCUCCUGGUUCGCCAGCUGGUGCAAAAGCUCUCGCUGCAGGUGCUGUUUUCCUGGUUCAAGGUGGUCACCAGGAACAAGGAGGCCAGGCGGAGACUGGAGAUCGAAGUGCCUUACAAGUUCGUCACCUACACGUCUGUCGGCAUCUGUGCGACCACCGUGGUGCCCAUGCUGCACAGGUUCCUGGGGUUGCUCUGAGGCCCGGGCCGCUGGAAGCGAGCCCGCUGGAUGAGAGCCAGGACGUAGUAGGAAAGUUGUGGGGUGGGCAAAUCUUGACAACACAUUUUAUUUCGAAGAAAUUCUUUAAGUCACAUGUCUGUUUUGCUGAUAGCCAUGAUAAAUGCUGUUACUGUAUGGGGAGGGUGGGGGGCGUUGACUUGUCUCGGAGGAGCAUUAGUCGGGAAGGGUCAUGUCACAUGGGAAGCCAGGCUGAAACCCAUACUCAAGUUCUUGAAGGGUCCCCACCCUCCCUGUGUGUCAGCUUGGACACUAGACCAAGUCAGGGGCUGGUGGAAACAGUGGCCACAGCUGCACCUGGCUCUGGAGAGGGGGACAGGACCUGGGGGGCUGGGGGGCGGGCCUUUCUUCCGGGGACGGCCUUGCCCAACGCUGAGUCUCCUUUCCCAAACUGGAACUUUGGUGCAGGAGAAAGGGUGGGCAGCACCCUGGAAAACUGCAUUCCUUACAGUGACUCUCUUGUCACUAUGAUCAAAUUAGCCUGUAGCGUCCCAGUCUCUGCAGGUGUGGAUAUUGAAACAGGGGUCUGCCCUUCCCCGUGUGUGCACUUGCAGGGACUCCAGGCACCAUCGCUACGCUCUUCUGAUCCAUGGAACCCCUGGCUGCUCCUGCCACACCGGGCAGGUGGGGGUGAGCCUCCCUCAACAGCAGGUACCCCCCGGGGCUUCUCUCAGUGCCCUGCUCCCUCCUGCUUCAGAGGGACUUGGGAUGAGCCCUCUGCCCAUCUCCAGCUUCUCUUGCUUCCUUGCAGACUGUUGUCUGCAUGUGAAAGUGGAUCCAGAGAGGAACAGAGAAUGUAACUCUCCCUGGAGCCUGACACAGAGAGACUCAGCCUCAGGCGUGGCCUGUCCUGACAUCGCUCCUCCAUUUCUGCGUUACUUUCUGUCCAUCUGUGUUUCUCUCUACCAAAUAGAGUCAGGGGCCCCCUGUCUUCCCCCCUCUCAUCUCUUGGCAAUUUUCAGGGUAAUAAAUGCAAGAGUAAUGUCAGCCUCUUUUGGGAAAACAAGCCAAGCAAACACAAUAGCCUUUGCACGGAGGGUGUGUCCUCGGGACACGUAGAUAGGUGACCCACACCAGGGGCUUCUCUCGCAGGCCACCUUUCCUGUCACUAAGAAUAAGGAACACGUAGCAACAAUUUUUCUCAUAAGUUAGUGUAAAUACGUAGUUAACGAAGUACCUUUUGUGGUCCAGUACUGGAGCCGCCGCCGUGGCUAUUUAUAACCCUCACGCGUCUCGGCCGAGCACACGCUGGGGGAACCGCGCCUGCCCGGGGAGCGCGGCUCUUACCUCUGCGUCCAGCGUGGAAGCGGACACCGCUGAUCUCCGCCCCUGGCCUCUAGGCUGGAAUGGUCUUUCUUUUGUGUUCGACUUCGUGCUCCAGUUUCUUGAGAGUAAUUUUUAGUAAGACAUCCUGUUCUUCCUUCAAAUUCUUCUCACAUUUUUCAGUUAGAAGGCAGGGAUAAAAAUGGGCCACCAAUUGACUAUUUUUCCAUCAUACUGGUGUUUGUGGCACCACGCAUUGGGGCGGGGGCGGUGCUUGGGGAGAGCCCAGCCCACGGGCACUCCUGCCCUCCCUCUGCCCCGCCCCCAGUGCAGUGGGUGAGGCGCUUUCCAUCCCUCGAUGCCAAACCAUUGGGUAAUUAUGCAAAAUCAUUUCAGUUGAUUUGUCCAAAGCCACCCGACAAAAGCAUUAGCCUUUGCCACUUGUACCGUUUGUCGUCACGAGCAGUGGGUGUUGGCGAUCCAUCGGUGGCCUCCCAACAGUAGGAAGGUCAGUCCGCUAUCCUGAGGUCCUCAAGGCUGCAUUUGGAGUUUGGACUGAGCCAUCGCACACCAAAGAACGAGCCAGGGAUUGUCACGGUUGGCGGCUUUCUCAAGUGUCUUCUUACAGCAACUGGAGGCUAAAGAGUGUACGUACGUGGAUGAGGCCAAGCUCAGUCUCUGCGCUCCCGCUUCGUCAGCCCUCUCCAUCCGCUUCUCAUGCUGAUAGUCUCGCCCCAGCUCAGCCUUUCCCAUCCACACAGGCCCCUCCGAGUUUGUCUGGGUCUACUGUGAGGAUGCUUUGAUUUUCUCUCUGGGGAAAGACUGCCCCCUGCUGGUCUACCCUCGGCCUUGCUCCAAAGCCCCUCUCUUGAUCUAAGAACUUCAAAAAUGAUUUUUUU